AUGAGCGCGCCGCUGUCUGCCGCCGAGGCACUUUCCUCUCUGCUGUGGCAGCCCUACGACUGUCGCUCGCCGCCGCUUGCGCGAUCACGAACCGAUGGCGCGCUCUCUAACGCUCAGGGCUGUCAGAGCAGCCCUGCCACCGUCUGGUAUAUCGCGGGGGGCGAGGCGCGGCAGUCGCCUCACGGCGGUCGUCAUGCGCGCGCGUCGUUGUCAAUCCUACCCGAGAUGCGGCUGCCCGUGCCGGCGCCCGCUCCGUUGCGAAAGACCGACUCAGUGUCAGUGCGUGUGCCUGGCGAGCCGAGCCAUGUGAACAUAGUGCAGGUGCCGUUGAAUGUGAACAGUGCGGUGCAAACGGAAACAGAGAGGAAUGUCGUCAGCGCCGAGUGCCAGACCGAGGAGCCCCGGAGGCGGAGGGCCCGCCGGGGCAGGGCACCCAGGGUCCCCGACAUCGAGAGCGUGCCACCGCCCCCGUAUAGCACGCUGCCGCCCGUGCAUCCUGUGCAUCCCGUGCCAGUUGCCCCGGUUCCACCUGCGAUAGUCGCCCCACACCCCCCUGCGCAUCGUUUCCCCUUUCAACCGGUACCGCUCAGGUAUGUCUUACCUGUCCAAAUUACUAUAAGCAAAAAUGGGUUUAUUGUUGCGCUGGGGCAUUGCAACCUGUCAUUUAAAAAAAGAACGCUGGGCCAGGCUACGUAA